UGUCAGGGGCACCCCGCGCGACAGCAACAGAUCCUCCCGAGUCUGCACGAGCCAGGAGCGGACACGGCGCGCACCCGGCGGGACGUGUCCAGGAGAGAACAGGACGCAAAAGCACGAGUCAUGCCCCGGUGAGACGUACUGUUAGUAUGAAGAGGACGGGACGAGCACCGGGGACUAACGGGAGGACAUCACAAGAAGCAGCCGGUAAAAUGUGCACAGUCACCGGGGAGAGGAGCAGACGUGUCUGUUGAAAAUGCCUGAGAGAGUUGUCAGUUUCCAGGGGCAGAGUUUCCACAAACUAAGGCGCUCUUGUCAGAGACGUGGUGUUGUGUUCAAGGACCCUCUGUUCCCCGCCUCGGCCCAGUCUCUGUUCUUUAAGAGGGAGCCGCCGCCCGGACUGUCCUGGAAGAGGCCCAGGACUCUGUGUAACCUUACAGACUCCCCAGAGAUCUGCAGGGACCCUCGUUUGUUUGUGGAUGGCAUCAGCACUAGAGACCUGCACCAGGGCAGUCUGGGAAACUGCUGGAUGGUCGCAGCCAUUUCUUGUCUCGCAUCUGAGCCGUCUCUAUGGAAAAAGGUGAUUCCGGAUCACACAGAGCAGGAGUGGAAUCCAAAGCGCCCGGAUCUGUACACUGGAAUCUUCCAUUUCCGGUUCUGGCGUUUUGGGCGCUGGGUGGACGUGGUGGUGGACGAUCGUUUGCCUGUCAGCGCAGAUGGAGCUCUGUUGUUCUGCCGCUCCGCCACGCCACGCGAGUUUUGGAGCGCGCUGCUGGAGAAGGCCUACGCCAAACUAAACGGCUGCUAUGAGGCCCUGGAGGGAGGAAACACAGCCGAGGCCCUGAUCGAUUUCACUGGUGGAGUUUCAGAGCCCCUGAGUCUGGACCGAGAGGCACUGAGUCUGCAGAGUGACCAGAGGAGGGCGCUGUUCCAAACACUGGCACAAGCGCACGAGAGGAAAGCUUUGAUCACCUGCUUCAUACGGCCAGCUGAGGGGGAGCUGGUGGAGUCGGUGAUGGAGUGCGGCCUGGUGAGGGGGCAUGCCUAUGGGAUCACUGCACUGAAGAAGGUGCAUGUGGCAGAGAGGCUGUCCACGGGCAGGAAGUCCCGCCUCCAACUGGUGCGCAUGAGGAACCCCUGGGGGACAACAGACUGGACAGGAGCUUGGGGUCAAAGGUCAGAGCAGUGGCAGCAGAUCAGUCGCACUGACAGAGAAAAGAUGGGCCUUCCUAUUCGAGAUAUUGGGGAGUUUUGGAUGGAGUUUGAGGACUUCUGCCAUUACUUCACUGAUGUUGUCGUGUGCCGCUUGGUGGAGAAAGCUUCAUUUUGGGCUCGAUCACACUGGAGAGAGGUCAGCCUGUAUGGGCAGUGGACCGCAGCUCCUUCCACCCCUGUACUCCCUCCUCUUCUCCUCCGCCCUGUUUCCCAAAAACCACCAUCACUGAAGUCCAAACAGCAGAGAGGAAACUGCAAGGAGGCGAGGCUGGGGGAGAGCCAGGGGGAGAGGGGAAGAGGGGGGCAGAGAGGGAAGGGGGUCCCCGUGAAGCCAGUGGAGAAGAGCAGAUCACAGCUGAGUGGAGUUUGGGACGAGCAGAUGGAUAAGAGGAGUCGAUGUGGAGGAUGCAUCAAUCAUAGAGACACUUUCCUUCAUAAUCCACAGUUUAUGUUUGAAGUACGGGGCAAAGAGGAAGAGGUGCUGAUCUGUCUACAGCAGGAAGACAGGAGGAUGAGAAGGAAAAAUGGAGAUGGGGAAAAUUUGCCCAUUGGAUUUGAAGUGCUCAAGGUGGAGAUGAAUCGUUAUACUCGUGUACAGACUGUGGUAGAGCAGGCGGCCAGCUCUGUGUACAUGGACUCACGCAGCGUCACUGUCAGAGCCUGCUUCAGCCCCGGCCGCUAUGUCAUCCUGGCAACCACCUUCCUCCCAGGAGCCACCGGGCACUUCCUGUUACGGCUCUUCUCCCAUUCACACAUACAGCUCCGUGAACUGCUGGAGGAUUUGCCAGCCCCGUCUGUCUUCCACUGUCUGUUACCACAGCCCAGAGUAGUGACCACAGUGCAUCUGCGUAGAGUGACAGGCCUCUGUGUCCCCAAACAGAAAGCUCCAGAUGUGUACGCUGUGGUGCGCUGUGAGAAUGACUCUGUCAGGACCCCAGUGUUUAAAGCUGAAGGAAACCCAGAGUUUAACCUCAGAAGUAUUUUCUACAGGAGAUACCCCCAUGUCCACAUUUCUAUUGAGUUGUGGAGGCGGGGGAUGCUGUGGGACUCCAUGUUGGGUGAGGUCCAUCUUCACACAGCAGAAUCAGAGCGCGGCCGGAGUCACGUGAUGGACAUACACAGAGGUUUAUCUAGAACCACUGUUUACCUGGAGACAUCGUCCAGCCUCGGUCUCAUGGACCUGUGAUCGAGUCAGUGGGCUAUGGUCUGCUGGUCGGAUCAAUUAUGUGGACAGUACAGUCUCAGUCUAUCUCUGUCAGGGAUGAAAGAGCAGCCAAAAUGAAUCAUUGAGUGACUGAUUACUUUAAAGGCCCCAUAUUAUGCAAAAUGGACUCUUGUGAGCUUUACUUCAUGUUAUAAUGCUGUUUCUUCAUCAAAAACAUACCUGGAGUUGGUUUUGGUUCAUUAACACAUGUUUAAGUAAUCCUUUAUGAGUCUGUUUACAUCUCUAAAGCUCAAACUGCCCUGUUCCACUUUAUGAUGUCAUGAAGUGGUAGUUUUCAAGUUAACAGCUACCUUUUAAAUUUAGUUCAGCAAAGACUGGCAAUUUCAGAGCUGAAAUUAUCCAAAUGAUUCUAGUGAAGGUGUAUGCAGUUUAAAAACACAGUGAAGCACUUCCUGUAUUACCACAUGACAUCACAAGGGGGAACAGAGUGUUUUCUGUUAAAAGAACUCAGACUAAAUAUGCAGGGUUUGUGUGUUAAACAUGUGAGAAUGAAACAAAACACAACUCCAGGUAUGUUUGUGAUGAGGAAACAACAUUAUAACCUAGAUCAGAAA